UGGGAAUCCACCUCAGAUCCCUACCCCACCUCUUCCCACCACCUCCCAGAGCCCGCCCCCAGCUUCAGCCUGCUGCCUUAAACUGCUGCCCCCCUGCGCUGGGCUGGGCAUUCUCGGCUGCUGACUGCACAAGUGGCGCGGGUGGGACAGACACGAUGGGGCUGAGGCUGUGCAGCUGGGCUCCCCUGGGCGCGCUCCUCUCCCUGCUCCUGUCCACCAGCGUGGCGUACAUUGCUACCAGAGAAAACUGCUGCAUACUGGAUGACAGAUUUGGUAGCUUCUGCCCAACAACUUGUGGCAUUGCAGAUUUCUUUGCUAAAUACCAUGCCAUUGUGGAUAAUGACCUGCUGGAAAUGGAGAGAAUUUUGCAGCGUGUUUCUAAUGCCACAGUAACAGCAAACGAAGUGAUCCAACACAUCCAAGACCUCUAUCCUUCAGAAAAGCAGAUAUUACCAAAUGCACUUGAUGAUUACACUCAGAGGUCCAGGAAAAUAAUUGAAGAAAUUGUCAGAUAUGAAAAGACUAUAUUGUCUCAUGAAACUACUAUACAACAGUUGACAGACACACAUAUAAUGAACGGCAACAGGAUCACAGAGCUGAAACAGAAGAUUGCCCAGCUUGAGUCACUCUGUCAGGAGCCGUGCAAGGACCGGGCUGAAAUUUACGAGACAACUGGAAGAGAUUGUCAAGACAUUGCAAAUAAGGGUGCAAGGAAAAGUGGACUGUACUUUAUCAAGCCUCAGAGAGCCAAGCAGUCAUUCCUAGUCUACUGUGAGAUUGACUCAUAUGGCAAUGGCUGGACAGUACUACAAAGGAGACUGGAUGGGAGCGAAGACUUCAGUAAAAAUUGGGUUCAGUACAAGGAAGGAUUUGGACAUCUGUCUCCAGAUGACACCACUGAGUUCUGGCUGGGCAAUGAAAAGAUGCAUUUAAUAACUACACAGUCCACUCUGCCAUACACCUUACGAAUAGAGCUGGAGGACUGGAGUGGCAAAAAAAGCACUGCUGACUACGCUGUGUUCAGAGUGGGGAGUGAAGAGGACAAGUACAGACUGACCUAUGCCUACUUCAUCGGGGGUGAUGCCGGGGAUGCCUUCGAUGGAUUCAAUUUUGGGGAUGACCCAAGUGAUAAAUCCUACACCUACCACAAUGGCAUGCGGUUCAGUACCCACGACAAUGACAAUGAUAACUAUGAAGGCAACUGUGCUGAGCAGGAUGGAUCUGGGUGGUGGAUGAAUAGAUGUCAUGCUGGCCACCUCAAUGGCAAAUAUUAUGUAGGUGGUGUGUACACAUCAGAAGAUGCUGGUCCUGCUGGAUUUGACAAUGGCAUUAUCUGGGCAACCUGGCGUGACCGGUGGUACUCCAUGAAGAAAUCUGCCAUGAAAAUCAUUCCAUUCAACAGACUGUCAGUGGAUGGACAGCAGCACAGCUUAGGCAAUGUCAAACAGGUUGGAGAUGCAUAAAGAAUGAUUUGAAAAAGACCAUGCUGAACAAGAAAAGCAAAUCUUUUCUAAGACACUGAACUUAACAAACAUUACACAGUUCAGUUUUGACUACAAAGCAGCAUUGACUGUAAGAUACCCAAACCUGCCCGUUCCCUGAGCAGUGCUUACCUUUGCUGAUGGUUGUUUGUUUUUUUUCUUAUUCUCAAUAAAUUUUUGAUUAUUACAAAAAGGCCUGAGUUUGUUAUCUGUGGUCUACAGCUGGCCAAGCAAGGCAAUGAAAACUUUUGAUAGGUGGAUCAAACCUACUUGAUUCAGUCAUUCCUGAAUUUCACACCAGCAGUUCCUGCUCUUUGUUUAGACUGAUGUGUUCAACCUAUUUCUCCAUAAAUGUGACAAGUAUCCAUAAGUUUUCAAGUUUUCUAAUAAAGUUGUUUGGUGACAUAGAUCAAAG